AUGACACAGCUUACCAUAUCGAGCCAGCCUGGCCCAGGGCCAGUGUCGACUCUAUCGUCAAAGAACGAUGAUAAGGAGAUAUUCUACCACUUCAACCUCUACCCGGGAGCAUUUUCCGUGGAAGUGCCCAAGAAGAUAUCCUUCCCUAAUCCGCCACGUCCCCCAACUCCAGGGCCACCUCGGCCACCCCCAAUCCCUCCCCGUCCGCCGGUACCCACGCCACCACCCAGUCCAAACUCUUCAGCAGAGAUGGAGUGGCUCCAGAAAAUUCUCAUAGAGAAUAUCUCUGCUCUUGCCAUUCGGGUUAUGAAUACCUGGUUCGCCUUAUACGGGCCGGUCUCAUUUCCCCACCCUCCUCGUCCACCUACUCCAGGCCCCAGGCCAGGACCAAUCGGCCCCCGUCCUGACGUGCCCACGCCGCCGCCUAGCCCUCGCAGAUCCGCAGAGAGCGCAGGCUGUGAUGCGAGCCAGGACGGUAACAAUACUGAAACUUGUGGCCCUAGUAUGACUUGGUUGGGACAACUAUUCUAUGAAUGUCCAGACCAGAAACUCAAUAUCUUAUACACACCGAAAUCCACCUCAUACGACCCCUGUGAAGGUGAAAACUUGGACGUACAGGAGGGAAAACGCAAAAAUAAGCUUACCGAUGAUCUAAGUCGAUAUGAAACAAGACUGCAAAAUCUCAUAUAUGUCCCAAAAAGCGUAUCCAGUCUCCACAUGUCUCACCUCAAUUCCUACGGAGCAGACAAGACAGGCCGUUUAGGUCAAGCACUCGGCUGCUAGCAACAGAACUAUUAGACACAGCCUAAACCGCUCCAGAACGUUAGCCACAGGAUCACGUGGAAGGACAUUCGACAAGUUAGACACCGCCAUCGAGAACCCAUCGCUGAUGGUGGUCGAGUCACCUGCAGUUUCGGGCAUAUGCUCGUGGCCGACAUCAUCAAUAAUAGCCGUCAUAUAAGCACUCUUCGCAAUUGUCAACAUAUAUACACGCUAUGCAGGGGAUUACCCUCCCGAAGUCUAACUCUCUGGAUUAUAACUCGAGUGAACCGUGGCUCUUCGCGUCCCUAUACAUACGCUGGAUAGGGAUGGAAAAGCGGCUC